UCAAGACGUAUCCACUGUCGACUCGUUUGAUUGAAUCGACAAUGUUUUUACUAAUAACCUUACUUAUAAUCAGCGUGUAUAUUUCCGUAGUGUUAUAUUGUAAGCUAACCUGUGGCAUAAACAAAUGUAGUAAACAUUUAGUUGGAAAAGUGGUGGUAGUGACCGGUGGUAGCCAAGGUAUAGGAUUCGAGACAGCAAAGGAUUUGGCCAGCCGAGGCGCGAGAGUAAUUAUAGGAUGCAGAAACGUGGAAAGAGGGAAAACAGCAGUAUAUAAGAUUAAAAAAGAAACAGGCAACAAGGAAGUGUAUUUCAAACCACUAAACUUGGCUUCUUUUACAUCCGUCGAGGAGUUUACAACGUAUCUCGCGAAGAACGAAAACCGCCUGGACGUUCUCAUCAAUAACGCUGAAGUGUUCGGCGCUGGAUACCAGCUCACUGAUGAUGAUUUGCUGGUAGACAUGCAGGCAAACCACUUCGGUCCAUUCUUGUUGACCUUUCUCUUGACGCCUUUGCUGAAAUCCAGCGCGCCGAGUCGAGUAGUCAACGUGUCAUCUGUAGCUCACACCUCGGCUGCCUUCGACCUUGAGGAUCUUAACUUUGACAGCAAGAAGUAUAACGCACAUAAAGUUUACAGCACUUCUAAGCUGUACACCAUGUUAACGACUGUCGAAUUAGCGAAGAAUUUGAAAGAAUAUGGCGUCACGGUCAAUUGCCUGCACCCAGGAUCGGUUGAGACUGACGUGGUGUCGAGGAUGCCUCUGUUUAAGUACAUUGCGCCGAUUGUGAGGCCGAUCUUGAAGACGCCGUGGGAAGCGGCCCAGACCAGCAUCUAUUUGGCAGUUUCCCCUGAAGUUAGUGACGUCACGGGCAAAUACUUCGUCGACUGUCGUGAGCAACGUACCAUUAAAGCGGCAAGAGACCCUGCAUCUGCUCUAAAAAUUCAUGAAAUUUCAAUGAAAUGGAUUUUCGGACGUGUCAAAAAGUUGAAGAUUUUCGGAUGUGGGUGUAAUCGUGUAUUACAUCCGAGUCCACCAACGAAGGACUUGUAACACUAGACCUUAAUAUGUAAAAGUUAAUCAAUAUACAUUAUGUACCGGUCCAUGCGUGGACCUUCCGUGAUCUCAUACAACCCGCGCAUGUCAUCUACACUAUCUAUAUCUAUACUAAUAUUAAAAAUGCGAAAGUAACUCUGUCUGUCUGUCUGCCUGUCUCGCUUUCACGCCUAAACCACUGAACCAAUUUUGAUGAAAUUUAGCAUAGAGAUAGUUUGAGACCCGGGAAAGGACAUAGGAUAGUUUUUAUCCCGGUUUUUGAAACAGGGACGCGCGCUAUAAUGUUUUUCUGUGACAGACAAAAUUCCACGCGGGCGAAGCCGCGGGUGGAAAGCUAGUGUUACAUAAGUAGCUAUUUUUCUAUAGAGUACCUACCUAAUCUUGUGAUAGUUUUUUUUAUGCAGAACAAAUACCUUCGGUAUUUGAUCGCAAACUGAUGUAAUAAAAAUGAUAUUAAAAGUGUUUUAUUCGAAAAUAAAUAAAAUGUACACUUUUUACCCAUACGGA